GUUAAUAUAUUAUUUAAGUUUGAACAGGACUCGAGUAGAGUUCAUUUAAGCUAAACCAAAAUUUCAAAUAUCGUUUUGCAAUUUGAGAAUCAAGCUAACGAAUUUUGCUGCUUCUGUACUCAUCUUUUUUCUGGCUUCUGUCAACUUCAUAACCGCAUGUUGAGAUUCGUCGUUUGUUCUCACCGUUCCUUGAAGUUUUAGGGGCACGGCCGCCGAGAAGGCUCGUUCACCCAACACUUCUGCACAUUUAGGGUUUCGAAUAUGUCGUGUCCGAAGGCCUUUUGCUACAGUUCCGGGAUUACGUUUUUUUUUUUUUUUUCUUUUUUGGAAUAAUUGCGCUUUCUGCUGUAACAUUAUCCAAUUCGAGCAGUUUUGAAGUAUUACUUUAAUUUUUUUUUUUACGUUGAACGAGGCAUUCAUUUUGGCUUCCAUAGGAAGUUGAUCAAUGGAGAAUUCAUCAGAUCUGUCCAACACGGAGGGCGAUGGAGAUGGCAGGAAGGAUGCUUCUGGCACUUCUUCCACGUUUACAACCUCCAGACACCGAUUAUUUGAUCGGCAAACGCCGAUUCACCAGAUUAUGGUAGGAGGUAAAGCUGCUGAUGUGUUCUUGUGGAAGCGGCGGCAUGUUUCUUUUGGCGUCAUUGUUGUUGCUACUGUUGCAUGGCUUGUAUUUGAACACUCUGGAUUGUCAUUCUUGUCAAUAUGUUCCAAUGUCUUGCUGAUUUUGAUUGUAUUGUUGUUUCUUCGAGCCAACUACGCAGUCUUCAGAAAUAAACAAUCGCAUACUUUGCCAGAACUGGAAUUGUCAGAGGAAAUGGUCAAUAAUGCUGCGGCAUCAUUUCGUGUUAAAAUUAACUAUAUGCUGCUUAUGGCUCAUGAUAUAACUCUUGGCAAAGAUUUUAGACUCUUUUUCAAGGUGGUGGUCUGUCUAUGGCUUUUGUCCGUCAUUGGUGGCUUCUUCUCUUUCUUCACGCUCGCUUAUAUUGCAAAUAUGGGGAGUAUAUUGAUAGAUGCUGUGGAUUGAUUCAUCGAAAAUUUUCAAAGCACUACAGAAUAGUGGAUGAAAGUUUUAUUAGCCGGCUUCCGCGGAGCUUAUCCAAGGAAAAAGAGACUUGAAUUAGACACAUCUGACAAUGAUCUGAAGUUGGUAAACUGCGGAUGGCACGGAUUGCAGACUUCUCCAUUUUGCGUUGACAUCAGUACAUUCACUGUUUCCGUUUUUAUUAGAUAACGUUUUGAGUCUUUUGACUUACGGCACGUUUAGGUGAAUGGUUGUGAUUUGUUUUCUUUCCUUUGUGAGAAUGGUAGAGCAUGGAAUGUCGAUGUUUUUUGUACGGAUCUUCUUGGAAUAACCUUUGUUUACUAUUGUAAGCAUCAAAGCUAGAGGUUCCAUGAAUUUUUGCAGAAA